UCCUGUAUCCGGUAUCCAUCUAAACGUUAAACCCAUAAUUUUGCAGCUGCAAAACUAAAACCCUACUUUCUCCUUUUCCUCCACGCAAAUAACCCACUUCACAGCUUAAGCUGUGUAAACAACAAGUUUGAAAAUUAUGGCGGAAGAAUUGCAGUCAGUUAGGGAAGCUGGGAAAUUUUUAAGGAAAAGAAACAUGGGGCACAACACGAAAGGGGGUAAGGCAAAGAAGAAGCAAAAGGGUGUACCAUUUAAUGAAAAAAGGGUAAAAGUAGACAAAAAAAUGAAGAAGCUUUUCGAGAAGAGAGCAAGAGAUUAUAACUCUGAUAAUGAGGAUGAUGAGAAUGAGAAUGAUAAUGAUGAUAUUGAUGUUGAUAUUCGGGAGCGUGCCCCUGUAAAUCGAGAUAAACGCCCAUCAUAUGGUAAAAAAGAGGAUGAUUUUGAAGAGGAAUGGUUGGAUGAUGAUGGAGGAGAGGAUGGUAAUGAGGAAAUUGAAGUAUCCGAAGACGAAGAUGGGGAAAUUCAGCCGGGGAUUACUAGGUUUAUAGAUGGUUGUAGAGCAUUCAGAUUGGCAUUCAAGAAGAUAUUGAAGAAAUCAGCUUCUGAUGAUAUAUUGGGCCCCGUCUUAUCAGCACACAAGAAGCUUGUUGCUGAGAAGCUUGCUGAAGAAGAAGUAGAACGAAAGGUUAAGGGGGAAGCAAAAAAGGAGAAACACUUGAUAGGAGAAAAGGGACAUGUGAAACCUGCAAAUUAUUUGGAUUCCCAUGAAAAGUUUCUAAUAGGAGUUGCAACAAAGGGAGUGGUCAAGUUAUUCAAUGCUGUUAACAAAGCACAACAUGCUCAAAAAGGCUUAAAUCCCUCAAGGUCAAAAGAUGAGAAAGUAAUAAAGAAGCGCCGAAGAGAAGUCUUUUUCUCCGAAUUGGGCAAGACACCAUCACAAACAGCUGCUGCUGGGUCAAAGAAACAAUUAUUUCAUAGUAGGAAACUGAACUAUUUUGCGAACGGAAGGAAGAAACAACUUGAACAUGGGGAAGUUGAUAUUUUUCAAGUGCUUAUCCAAACAAAAAAUAAAAUAAAAGAAAAAAGAACAUUCUUAUUGUGUAGCUUAAUUUCAUGCAGGACGGUGCAUCCAAUUCUUCGAAUGAUGAAGGUCCCUCGUGGGCUCCUCUACGUGAUAAUUACAUGUUGACUAACCCCAAGUUAAAAGACUGGGAUAAGAAUGCGGACACAACUGUUGCAGACGACGUGAGGAUGCCAGCUGAUGCAGAUUCAUCUGAUGAUGAAUAAGUUCACUGAAAGUUUGAUGUUCAACUAUAUCUGCUUCAAGCUUACUGGGUUGUCGAACACGGAGAAUCAGGUCUCCAAUGCAGGGAAGUGGAUGCCUAGGGAUAAGUCAAAUUAAUGCUGGAGCAACUUUCUUCGACUGUACAGAGAUCCUCUUGUUGUUAGGCUGAUGCUAUUUAUUUAUAUUAAUUAAAGAGGAAGUUUUAUCCUGGCUUAUGCAAUCCUCUUUAAGAUAUGACUUUUAAGAUAUUAUUUCUGAAUUCUCUUCAUUUGUUAUCCAUUCUUUCUGCUAGUGGGGAUAUAACUGGUCUGUAAAAUAUCCCAGUAUUCAACAAGGUUGAUUUAGCAAUGCGGAAUAACGUUUUGUUGUCUUAUGUUUUUCAAGAUCGUGUAACCAAAGAUAUUGCCUUUAAAAAGCUGGGAUACUACAUGUUGAGCUUA